UUGGGCGCCAUGAGUUCUUCUGGAAACUUCGAUAAAAGUUUUGAAAACCUAAUGAUUCAUGCGGCUGAUUAUUGAUAAAGUCUUCACAUUAGUCUAAAUCAAUUGAAGAUGAUGUCGGAUGAUGAGUUGAUGGAUACCAGUCCUCCUAUGCUAGAAGACGACGACUUGUCAGAUAAUGAAUCAGUUGGUAACAAAUAUGAAGGAGACUUAACUGGUGAUGGAGGAGUAGAAAAGGUUAUCUUGAAACAAGGUGAAGGUUACAAGCGACCAGAAAAGGGAGACGAAGUACGAGUAAACUAUAUUGGGAAGCUUCUAGGCUCAGAAGAUGUCUUCGAUAACAGUUAUGAUAGAGGAGAGCCCCUUAAGUUUACACUUGGCAGCGGUCAGGUGAUAAAGGGUUGGGAUGUAGCUGUGGCUACUAUGAAAAAAGGUGAAAAGGCAAAAGUUACGAUCAAGCCUGAAUAUGGAUAUGGGGAAAACGGAAUGCCUCCUAAAAUACCAGAAAACGCAACUCUGGUAUUUGAAAUGGAACUUGUAGACUGGACGAGUGUGAAGGAUAUGUUUGGAGAUGGCAAGGUUAUGAAGUAUAUUUUGGAAGAAGGAACAGGCUGGGAACGCCCAACGGAUAAGUUUGAGGUAUUUGUGAACGUAUUGGCAAAGACCAAAGACAAUCGAGUUCUCUGGGAAGAGAAGGAGUUGUCUUUUGUCAUGGGAGAAAACCAAGUCCCUGAGUUUUUGGAAAAGGCCAUAAAAGAUAUGAAAAAAUCAGCAAAGCUUCGUCUUGUAUGUAGAGAUGAACGCAUUAGAGUAGCCGGUCUCCCUUUUCAAAUUCCUCAUGAUAUAGAUUGUGUGGAAUAUGAGUUGGAGUUGAUUCGAUGGAAUAAAGUCGAAGAUGUCUCUAAAGAUGGUGGAGUUGUCAAGAAGAUGGUAAAAGAAGGAGAAGGUUGGGAAAAACCUUCGGAUGAUACCAAAGCCAUUGUGAAUAUGAUUAUGAAGGAUUGCAAUACUCAAAAGAUAAUCGAAGAGAAAUCCAAUUGGGAAGUCAUUGUAGGAGAUGGUGUCGUUAUCGAAGGAGUUGACUUGGCUUUAGAAACUAUGAAAAAAGGCGAAAAGGCAGUUUUGACUGUUGCACCCAAUUAUGCCUUUAAGGAAGCCGGAAUAGUACCUCCUGAAGGUGUUUCAAAAGACUCAACAGUGAUAGUUGAAUUGGAACUGGUUUCAUUUGAAAGAGCCAAAGACUCUUGGAAUUUAUCAAAGGAAGAAAAGAUAGAAAAUGCAUUGCGUACAAAGGACAAAGGCAAUGAAUUGUUCAAAUCCGGCAGAUAUAAGCUUGCUAAGAAGAAAUAUGAAAAAGUGGUAAAUAAUUUGGAGUUUGAUGUUAAGAACAAGUCAGAUCUCAAUGCAGAACAGAAACAACAAGGCAAGUCGAUUCUUUUGCAGACCUACUUGAAUCUUGCAGCUUGUGAAGAGAAAUUCUGCAAUUCGAAUGGCGUGCUGAAGCAAUGCAAUAAAGCACUGGAAAUAGAUUCAGUGAAUGUGAAGGCAUUAUUUAGAAGAGCUUCUGCAUAUCUACGCAGUUCUGAAGUGUUACUGGCAGAGAAAGAUCUAAAGCGAGCUUUAGAGCUAGAUCCUUCCAAUAUGCAAAGGAUCGCAGACUAUUCGGUAAUAUGUUUUCGCGCUUAGGACAAAUAGAAGACGAUAUAAGAAAAUCAAAUGACGAAAC